AUGUCAGCGCACCACGGUGGUUUUCGAUCUUCGGAAAGUUGUCGUGACAACCGACCUACUGUCAGCAAAAAUGAAAAUCACACGGAAUCUUACGAAGAAGCAGUCAGAGAGCAGGAUACAAACGGACUUGGACCUUCACACUUACGCAACGAACACGGGGGUACUUACUUUUUGUUUUCCGUUCACGCCAAUUUUUUUGUGAAUCUUGCAUGCGUAUGAGCUUAGACAAGAUGCGUUGGUUACGUCGCCUCCACUAGAAAUUGCUAACGCUGAAGUUUUCAUAUCGAUUUUCCACAACGGUGUGCAUUGCAUUGGGAAUCCCAGAUGAAUAUGGCGUCUGAGAUAAAAGACAAAGAAAAAAUUAUCCACAGGUAUUUUACCUUCACUAUGUAUUCCAAGAAUCUCCUGGAAUCGUUCCUGCACCUACGCGAAGAAGACUACCACUUUCCAGAUUCGUCGACCAGAAUCUUCGCGAGGACCAGAUGAUGAUCUUUCAAGUGCAACUCUCUCUUCAAACUACGUUUUAGAAAUGCCCUGCUCACAAUUCUUCUCUCCGGCGACGCCACGAGCGAUCUCUUCGAAAAUUCAACUUCUGAAGAAAAGACAGUGUUGUUUGCGACAGCACGGAAUAACACCGGAGAAGGAUUGCUGUAGAAAAGACCUUACGAUGUUGACGAUGAUCUUGCUGUACCAGCGGAGAAUCGAAUAAAACAACACUUUGAUACAAACGGCAUGCUCUGCACGCAUCUGAUAACGUCAAUCAUGAUAAAAAAAAUUGGAGCUGGAAUGCUACCGAGAUCAAAAGGCUUGUAGUUCAAGACUCUUUACUCGGAUUGUUCCUGGCGCUAAUCAAACGUCUCCAGUAAAUCCAACUACUGGUUUGAAUUGCAAUUUCUACAAGAACUCGAUGACGAAAAU